CUCUUCCACUCCACUCCUCGCUCGCACCAAGCCAGAGGAAGAACACGAGCGGCGGAAGGAAGAAGAAGAGGGGGGAGGAGACCAAGUUAUCAGAGCCAAACCCACCAUCGAUCAGUACCUGACUACCUGUAUCAGAUUACCGAAACCUUCGUAGAGGGGAUAAUGCCUCCGAGCAGCUACGAGAUGGCGGCCUCCAUCCUGCUCUGCGCGGAGGACAGCAGCAGCAUCCUGGGCCUCGGAGCGGAGGGCGACGAGGAGUUGCUGCUGCGGAGCAGGACGCGUGGGGAGCCCAGCGUGGAGUUCCCCGUCCCCUCCGAGGAAUGCGUCGCCGGGUUCCUGGAGGCGGAGGCGGCGCACGUGCCCCGGGAGGACUACGCCGAGAGGCUGCGCGCCGGCGGCUUGGAUCUCCGCGUCCGGACGGACGCCGUCGACUGGAUUUGGAAGGUUCACGCGUACUACAAUUUCAGACCUCUCACGGCCUGCUUGGCCGUCAACUACCUUGACCGCUUCCUCUCGCUCUACCAGCUUCCAGAAGACAAAGCUUGGAUGACGCAGCUGCUGUCCGUGGCAUGCUUGUCCCUGGCUGCCAAGAUGGAGGAGACCUACGUUCCCCCGUCCCUCGACCUGCAGGUCGGGGACGCACGGUACGUGUUCGAGGCGAAGACGAUCCAGAGGAUGGAGCUCCUGCUCCUCAGCACGCUCAAAUGGAGGAUGCAAGCGGUCACUCCCUUCUCGUACAUCGACUACUUCCUCCACCGGCUCAACGGCGGCGACGCGCCGAGCAGGCGCGCCGCCCUGCGAUCUGCAGAGCUGAUUCUGUGCAUAACCAGAGGGACGCACUGCCUAGAUUUCCGGCCCUCGGAGAUCGCCGCGGCCGUCGCCGCCGCCGUCGCCGGAGAAGAGCGCGCCGUAGAUAUCGACAAGGCUUGCACCCACCGUAUGCAUAAGGAGAGGGUGUCGCGAUGCCUCGAAGCGAUCAAGGCCGCCGUGGUGCCGCUGCCGCCUAAAACCGAAGGCCGGAGCGGCGGCGGCAGAGCCUCUUCCUCCGUCUCCGUGCCGCGGAGCCCCACGGGGGUGCUGGACGCCGGCUGCCUGAGCUACAGGAGCGACGACACGACUGCUGCCUCGUCGCAGGCAAGCUCCUUUUGCGAUGAGAACGACGACAGCUCCCCGGCCGUUUGCAGCAAGAGGAGGAAGAUUAGAAGAUGACUAGCCCAAUGAUGGACGGAUCAAAAGCCUCUUCUGUGCGCUGAUCAAUGAUCAUCUCAUGUCCUUGAUGAAAGUCGAGCAGUUUUGAUUGCACUGGCUGACGAGUUUGGUUUUGCUGGGAGCUUUUGACGCCGUCUUCAAAGGAGCCCGAAAGGCAAAGGAAGGGCAACCAAAAGCAGGGCAUUUUGGACAUGGCGAUCCAGCAAAGACGCCCGGAGGAAUAAAGAUGUCCUGGGAUGGUAGAAACGUACUGAAUUUCGUGCGCUUUUCCAACAGUAGGCGCGCAGCCACGAUGGCGACAUGGCGUUGCAAAGGUCUUGCAAGGUUGACAAAGCUGAGACGGGACGAGACGAUCAAACUAAAGGCGGAGAUGUGGAUGAGGCGAUGGUGACACAAGGUAGGCAGUGAACUAGCUAGCGGCGCAGUUUGCUGCGUUCUGUAAUUUCCCGACCGUUUUCCUUUUGUAAAAAAGAAAAAAAAAGAGAAACAAACAAUUCUUGCGUCACGAUAACCA